GCCUUUUGAGUAUUCCAUGUUAAAAGUUUUUUUUUAAAUCAAAUCCAUCAAGACGUGCUCAUAAGUUUAUACAAAAAAUAUUAAACAAAUUGACGUCAAUAUAAAGAAUUACAGCAGAAAUCAUGUUUUGGUAUCAACAAAUUGACAUUACUUCUCACUAAAGGCCAGAAAAGUUAUAUGUGGAGAAGCAAUGAAUAUAUGCUUUUUUCUCGUGAAUAAACACCAAGAAUCUCUGUUAGCUAAACCUGUUAAAAUGCCUUUGGCCUUCAUGUUUCUGUUCCAUUUCUCAACUUACUAUUACUAGCUAAGAACAAGUAAAACAAGGGUAGCAAUGGAGCUUGAAUUAGAACUCAAGAUCACCCAUAACAGGGAUGAUUUGACUUCGAAAAUGGCUGAUUUUAAGAUCAUAAAAGACCCCUCUGGCCCUCUCUUCAUGUCUUCAGAAACUGAAUCCAAGUUCAUCCUUAUUGGCCAUCUCCAAGGUUUCAGGAGAGAGAACAUUGAUAUUGAGAUAAAUGAAACCGGAAAUCGAAUUGCAAUUAAUGGGAAGAAGCCUGUUCAGGAGAUGGUGUUGAAGGGUUGGAUUAUGUGCAGGAAAGAGGUGGAGGUAAGGGCUUUCAGGAAAGUGUUUCGGAUUCCAGAGAGGGUGAAGUUAGAUAAAAUUAAGGCCAACCUGAAUGAUGAAACAUCAACUCUAAAAAUUGUUAUGCCAAAGUCGGAGAAGGGAGUUUUUGGGGUUGGGAUUGAGGAAGUGGAGGAAGAGGGGGAAGAUAGAAGGAGAAUUGAAGCUGAUAAGGCUCCUGGAAUUGAGAAAGCUGAAGAGGAAAUUCAGAAAGAGUCCGAAAAGCCAAUAGAAAAGGAAGAAAAUAACCAGGUUGUGGAAAGGGAGGUUCCUGAAACUAUACGCCAAAAGAACGGAGGUUUGGGGGAUUUUGGUCAGUUUUUGGAAAAAGUAAGUGAUCAGGGAGGAGACUACGCUGGGGAGGCUGUAAAGGAAAGACCUGAAGCAUCCAAGGAAAAAAUUUCUUUGGAAGAGCAAAGGGUUGAUCAGGAUGAGUCUAGGACAUUACCAAAUGAAGCUGAAGAGGUUCCGGAAAGAGUUGAAGAGCAAGUCGAGGAAGAAACCAAAGAGCCUGAAGUUAAACGAUCGGAAGAAAACGACCAGGUUAUGGAGAAAUCACAUGGAGGCCCUGAAACAGAGCCUCAGGCCAGUACUGACAAGGAGGAAGCAGCUGAGAAAGAGAGUGAUCGUUCACAGAAAACAGAACCACGACCAACAGAAGAAACUCAGAGAGAAAAUCAUCCCGAAGAAAGAGCACAGGUACAACAAUUGGAGGAACUGGUUCGUAGUCCAGAAAACGCUGAAUAUAAAAAUCUUGGAGAUGCUCAAGUGACUGCUCCAAUGGAACCUUUAAAUUCAAAAUCAAAUGAGAUUGAAGAGGAAGAAACAACUCAAGAAAAGUAUCAACGGGAAACUGAAAAGCCUGGAGAAUCACCAAGACGGGAACCUGGAGAAGAAGUUCAAGAAUCAACAAAGCCUGGAUCCCAUCAGGAAACUGAGCAGCAAAAAACUUCAAAUCUGAAUAACUUGGCAGAUCAAGCUAGUGAAGAACCUCAAGGGAAAGAACAUAAAGAAACAGAAACCAGAGAAGAAACAUUUGAAGAAAAAGUCCAGGAACAUGCAUCUCAGGAAUUGAAGGAACAAAAAUCCCAGAAUGAGGAAGCACCAGGAAUGAAGAAGCAAGCUACCAAAAAGUCCAAGAUGCCUCCUCCCCUUGUGGUUGCAGGAUCAGCCUUACUUGUAUAUAUUUUAGUGCUCGUUUCCAACUUCCUUAAAGCUAAGAAAAGAUAAAUAACCAUGGGUGGGGUUGUGAUAAAUCACGCAUAUUUCUUUUUCUUUUUACACAUUAUUUAUUAAUCAUUAAAUCAAUAUAAUU